CCGACCCGAGCGGGGGGCUUUGAUUCUCGGCUGCGAGUGCGUGCGUGCGUGCGUGCCUGUGCCCCAAACAAAAUAAUCGCCGUGUGGUUCGAUUUUAUCGCGCGCGCCCCGUGUGUGUCGCCAGGUAUUCCGGUUGUGUGCUCGUUGUGUGUGUGUGAUUACGUGCGCGUGUAUUGCUGCAUCCACACAGAGUGGGAUUCUAAUUCGGUUUGGAGAGUGCGGUUGGACCAGAAGGUUUAUGUGUGUGUACGUGUGUGCGAACGGUAUUGCAGGAAGGAAGCGAGAGCAGCGUGUACGUCAGCACGUCAGGUUUGGAAAGAGUUCAGUUCAUGUUUACUGAAGGUGUGCCAAAAAAUAAAUAAAAGCAAAAGCAAGAGAGUUUAAAUAAUCACAUAUCAGCAGCCGUGGGGUAAAAGUUUCCGAGUGUGUAAAAGUGCAGGUUGCAGUGCAAUUAAAAUAAUAAUUUUGUGUGUAUUUUUUCGAAUCUGAUUGUUUACGAAAGAGUUGAUCAAAGCAGAAAAAGAAAAAAAAUCGCGUGAAAAAUCCUAUUUUCCCUCAGUUUUGUUUGCAAAAAUAGUGUGGGUGUGUGUGUGUAAGUGCGGUUUCGUUUGUAUUGUAUCCUUGGCGUUUCGUGUGUUGCUGUGUGUUGUUAGUUCUCGCCGUUUCGCGUGUUAUCGCGUGUGCAAGCGAAAUCUUUUCCUGUUCUGGUGAAAGUUUUUUUUUUCUGGUUUGGGUUUGGUUUUGGCAAAUAAAAAGCUCACGAAAAGGAAGGCGAGUGAGCGAGCGAGGAGUAGGAAGAGAGCAAGAUUGAGCAAUUUGAUAAAUAGAUAAAGGUCACGCAAGGCAGAAAAGGGGUUCAAGCCCGGGCAGCCGGCUACAAGUGGAAGUUAAUUGCAAUUUUCCCUCAAUUGGAAAAGUGCAAGUCGGCGACGGAAGGCGGUUGGUGAUUUAGCAGAGUUUUGGGGAGCGUUUUCGUUCGAGCAUCUAUUAAAGCAACAUCAUCAACAUUAGCCGCUAUUGUAUAAGAAACUGCACGCUGAACAAAAAUAAUAGAUGCUCUGCUGACGUUCGAAGAUGAGUUAACGGUUAGCUGAAGAUGAUACCGGGUGUGGGCGGAGUGCCACGAGCGCGGUUACUUGCACUUCUCCUCCUAGCGCUGGUGGAAGUGAUAGCGCGCGCUCUAGGCGACCCCGCUCCCUACAUCGCCGGCAGCAGCAGCAGCAGCGGCACUUUCCUUGAUGCUGUUGUUGGUGGUGGUGCCGUAAGCACCACUAGCAAUGACGUUACGGCCGAACCGGUCCGCCAUCAGCGUUCGGCAUCGGGCCGGGCGGCGCAACCACCACCGUACAGCUUUCACUUUGCCCACGCGGUGUACAAUGUGUCGAUACCGGAGAACAGCGUCAUCAAGACGUACGCGGUGCAGCCGCCGAACGAGCCGCGCAUGGGCCUGCACGUGACGCCCGACCUGGAGGUGCGGUACAAGAUAGUGGCGGGCGAUAAGGACCGCUUCUUCAAGGCGGAAGAGCGCGCGGUCGGCGAUUUUGUGUUUCUUGCGAUCCGCCUGCGCACCAACAACAUUGUGCUGAACCGCGAGAAAGGUGACAGCUACCGGCUGGAGGUGAAGGCGACCGGGACGCGCCGGGAAGGGAAAAGCCGCACCACGCUCGAGGCGGACACGACGAUCGAUGUGCGGGUGCUGGACGCGAACGAUCUGAGCCCACUGUUCUACCCGACCGAGUACGCGGUCGCGAUAACGGAGGAUACGCCGCUGCACAAAAGCAUCCUGCACGUGGUGGCGGAGGAUGCCGACCUGGGGCUGAACGGCGAGAUCUACUACAGCAUCCUGGACGAGACGGAGCAGUUCGCGGUCCACCCGACGACGGGCGUGAUAACGCUGACGCGGCCGCUCCGGUUCGCGGAACGGGUGCUGCACGAGCUGACGGUGGUGGCGAACGAUCGCGGCAUCGGAUCAACGAGCCGGAAUCAGGCGAGCAAGGCGCGGGUGAAAAUUAAGGUUCUGCAGGUGAAUCUGUUCGCGCCGGAUAUUUACGUACAGGCGCUGCCGGACAUACUGGAAAACUCCAACACAAACAUCUUCGGCAUCGUGCGCGUCACGGACAAGGAUAAGGGUGUGCACGGGCAGAUCAAGAGCCUGGACAUUGUGGACGGCGAUCCGGAUGGGCACUUCCGCAUCAAGCCGACCGACCGCCCGGGGGAGUAUGUGAUCGAGGUGCACCGGUUGCUGGAUCGGGAAACAGCCCCCGCCGGCUACAACCUGACGCUGCGGGCCGUCGAUCGGGGUGUGCCGCCGAAGCAGAGCUACCUCGUGACACCGGUCCGGCUCGCCGACAUCAACGACAAUGCGCCCGUGUUUAAUCGUGAAAUUUACGAAGUGUCGGUGCCGGAAACGUCACCACCUAACACGCCCGUCAUCCGGCUGAAGGUGACGGAUCGGGACGAGGGCAAGAACGCGAAGGUGUUCCUGGAGAUUGUCGGCGGCAAUGAGGGGGGCGAGUUUCGGGUGAACCCGGAGACGGGUAUGCUGUACACGGCCGUGCCGCUGGAUGCGGAGCUGAAGGCGUUCUACACGCUCACCGUGUCGGCGAUCGAUCAGGGCAACCCGGGCACGCGCAAGCAGUCCUCGGCGAAGGUGAAAAUCAACGUGCAGGACACGAACGAUAACGAUCCGAUCUUCGAGACGGCUAAUUUGACGAUCUACGUGGAUGAGAAUGAACCGGCCGGCACCUCGGUAACGAAGGUGACGGCGCGGGAUAAGGAUCUGGGCGAGAAUGCGUACAUCUCGUACAGCAUCGCUAACCUGAACGAUGUGCCGUUCGAUAUUGAUCAUUUCUCGGGGACGGUGCGCACCUCAAAGCUGCUCGACUACGAGAGCAUGCGGCGCGAGUAUGUGCUGCGGGUGCGUGCCUCCGACUGGGGCCUUCCCUACCGGCGGCAGACGGAGAUGCAGCUCGUGAUUAAGCUGCGCGACGUGAACGACAACCGGCCACAGUUCGAGCGGAUCGACUGUCUCGGCCGGAUACCGCGCUACACACCGAUCGGGACGGAGAUCUUCACGCUGUCGGCGCUCGACUUUGACUAUGGCAGCGUGGUGACGUACCGGUUGCUGUCCGGGUUUGAGGACGGUUGCUUCAAUCUCGACUCGGUGACGGGCAUCGUCUCGGUCGGGUGCGAUCUGAACGAUGUCGGUGUGGAGCAGCGCGAGCUGAACGUCACCGCGACGGACGGGACGCACUUUGCCGAUACGGCACGCAUUCAGAUCAGCUUGGUGCGCAACCGGCGAAACCUGGGCGCAAACCUGAAGGCGGAAGACGGCGCUACGUUCGAGUGUCGGGAGACGGGUGUCGCGCAACGGUUGACGGAAAUUAUGGCCGCGGCCGAGCGGAACAAUAUGCCCGGUCGGGAGGCAGGUGCUAGUGGGGGAGCUGCCGAUGAUUUCGCCAUGAUGCCGAGUCGGUACGGGGAGAAUGUGCACGCGCCAGAGUUUGUUGAUCUGCCGCUGGAGGUUAAGAUCAAUGAGUCGGUACCGCUCGGUACGACGAUUACCUGGAUUAAGGCGCGCGAUCGAGACCUUGGCUACAAUGGGAAGCUCGUGUUUGGCAUCUCCGGUGGGGACGACGACUCCGUGUUCCGGCUCGACCCAGACAACGGGGAGCUGAAGAUCAUCGGCUAUCUGGACCGCGAGCGGCAGGACGAGUAUCUGCUCAACAUCACGGUGUACGAUCUCGGCAAGCCCCAGAAAUCCAUCUCCAAAAUCUUGCCCCUCACCAUCCUGGACGAGAACGACAAUGUGCCGAAGUUCGAGAAGUCGCUGGCGAGCUUCCGCGUGACGGAGAACGCCAUCAACGGCACGAUCAUCUUUCGCGUGAAGGCAACGGAUGCGGACCUGGGCCAGAAUGCCAAGAUCACGUACAGCCUGGUGACGGACACGAAAGACUUCCGGGUGGAUCCGGAGACGGGGGUGCUGACCGUGGUGGCGCCGCUCGAUCGCGAACGGCAGGAGGUGUACGAGCUGAAGAUACGCGCCACGGAUGGGGGUGGCGAUCAGAACACGCCCGCCCUGUACUCGGACGCGCUGGUGCGCGUAACCGUCGACGACAUCAACGACAAUGCGCCCGAGUUUGCGGUGCAGGACCUGACGGUGCGCAUACGGGAGGAUGUACCGCGCGGCACGGUAGUGACGGUAGUGUCCGCGAUCGAUCUCGACAGCGGCACGAGCAGUGAGAUUGUGUACAGCUUCGGCGAGAACGGUGACGGGGAGGGCUCGUUCCGGAUCGACAAGCAGUCGGGCACGAUACGGACCGCGCGGAUGCUCGACUUUGAGGAGCGGCAGGUGCACAGUUUGAUCGUGAAAGCGAUCGACCGGGGCACACCGUCCCUGUCGUCGGAAACGUCGGUGAUAGUGGAGGUGAUCGAUGUGAACGAGAAUCGGUUCGCGCCUCAGUUUGAGGACUACGUGCUGACGGGUGCGAUCGCGGAGAACAAGCCGCCCGGUGCGCAGGUGAUGCAGGUACUGGCGAAGGAUGCCGAUCUGCCCGGGCCGGACUCGCGCGUCACGUACUCGAUCAAGGGUGGCGAUGGGCUCGGCAUCUUCACGAUCGACAAUGAAGGUAGGUGGAUGUUUUAUUUGUUUGCUUAGUGUGUAGUUGAUGGA